CGCAGAGAGGGAGGAGCUGUGCAACCCGAGGGCGGCUGGGAAAUGGGAGCGGGGCACGCCAUGGGAGGUGGUUUGCCACUCGCACCUCCCUCGGGGUGGUGCAGAACCCUGCACAGCCAUGUAUAAGCUGCUGGGCGUCUGUGCCCGGUCGUGGAAGUCGAUACGGAUGGCCAGCUCCAAGGUGGCGCGCCGGGACCUGCUUGCGAAUAAGGUGGCCCUAGUAACGGCCUCCACCGAAGGGAUCGGUUUGGCCAUUGCCCGCCGUCUGGCCCAAGAUGGGGCCCAUGUGGUGAUCAGCAGCCGGAAGCAGCAGAACGUGGACCGGGCGGUGGCAGCGCUGCAGCGGGAGGGGCUGAGUGUGACUGGCACUGUGUGCCACGUGGGGAAGGCUGAGGACCGGGAGCGGCUGGUGGCCAUGGCUGUGAAGCUUCACGGAGGCAUCGACAUCCUGGUCUCCAAUGCCGCUGUCAACCCUUUCUUUGGAAACCUAAUGGAUGUCCCUGAGGAGGUGUGGGACAAGAAGUGGCUCAAUAGUGAUUGUGACCUCCAUAGCAGCCUACAGCCCGUUUCCUUUGUGGAUGGACGAGGCGAGAGAGGAGACGAUAAAAGAAGCCCUGCGGAUACAAAGGCUAGGCAAGCCAGAGGACUGUGCAGGCAUUGUGUCUUUCCUGUGCUCCGAAGAUGCCAGCUACAUCACUGGGGAAACAGUGGUAGUGGGUGGAGGGGCUCCAUCCCACCUCUGAGUACCUGGAGAGAGCCUGCAAGGACAGAGAUUGGGCUCCAACGUCUGGUCCAGUUCCUGCAUUCAUGGACUGGCCUUUCCCACCUCUGCCUAACAUACUGCUCCCCUUAUACCCUACCCCCACCCCUCCCCCAAAUCAAUUCUGCCCUGUGACAAGAUCCAGCCUUUCCUGCUGUCAAGGUUUAGUCUUAUGAGGGUUCCUGCUGUUGCCCUAGCCUUGAAUAAAGACUUCCCCUGAGGACACAAGACAGGCCUGCUGAGAAGGCUGACUUUACCCUGACAAAGACCAACUAAUUUUAUAUAUAUGCAUCCCCUUCCCUACCCCACCCCCCACCCUCCAACUGAGAAAUUUGAGGGAAAUGGCAGAAGCCUGGAGUUGAAAGAGGGGGCAGGAAGGUUGGAACUUAACAAUCUGCAAAUGAGGUACAAAUAAAAUGUAGAUGAUCAUGGUGAUUUUAAA